ACAUCUUGGCUGUUUGCACAGAGCUCUGCAGCAGCGGCAGCGGCAGCCCCAGCUUUGGGCACUGGGACGCUAUUUAUUUGCCUGCUCCCGGCAGUCCCGGAGAGUUGCCUGUGUGAGCGAGAGAGCAAGAGGGAAGGGAGAGGACAGAGUGAGCCAGAAAGGCAGAGGCAGAAGGCUGCUUGGCUGUGCUGAGGGCAACCAGAGGGAGCAUUUCUCUUCUUGAUCCCGUCUCUGACAGCUGUGCCGACUUUUCCAUCGCCACCAGCCAGAGAUGUAGAAAAGCCCUAGCAUCUGGCUAUGACAGACACAGUACUUAGCAACAGUUCUGAUCGCUGGAUGUGCCCCAAUGAUAGAUCCAUGGCUCUCCGCACAAGGCUCCCAACGGGAUGGUCCGUCCGCCCUGACCAACCCGAAAGACCACGAAAAAAUGAAGAGCUCACAGAUGAGGAGAAAGAGAUUAUCAACAGAGUGAUUGCUCGAGCUGAGAAAAUGGAAGAAAUGGAGCAGGAGCGCAUUGGGCGGCUGGUGGAUCGAUUGGAGAACAUGCGUAAGAACGUGGCUGGAGAUGGGGUAAACCGCUGCAUCCUGUGUGGGGAACAGCUGGGAAUUCUGGGCUCCUCCUGUGUAGUGUGUGAAGACUGCAAGAAGAAUGUCUGCACUAAGUGUGGAGUGGAGACCUCCAACAAUCGCCCACAUUCCAUCUGGCUUUGCAAGAUUUGCAGUGAGCAGAGAGAGGUUUGGAAGCGCUCCGGGGCAUGGUUCUUCAAGGGCUUCCCCAAACAAGUGCUCCCUCAGCCCAUGCCGGUGAAGAAAUCCAAGCCCCAGCAGCCGCUCACCGAGCCCAGCUCCUCAGCGCCACCCACCCAGGAACCCAAGCACCAUCCCCGAGCGACUGGCCGAGGCCCAGGAGAGGCUGGCCUCCCUGGAGAACAUGGUGAUGCCGAGGACAAGAGGGGCAUGGGCCAGAAAUCAGGUCCUGAGCCUGCACCUGCUCCUGGCAGAGGCAGUUAUGGCCCCCCAGUGCGCCGGGCUUCGGAGGCUCGUAUGAGUUCCAGUGGAAAUGACUACACAGGCAGAGAUUCGGAAGGUCGGGACUAUGGCCCAGGUGGGGCUGCUGGGGGUGACACCGGUCGGAGUCCGGCAGGUUUGAGACGGGCCAACUCAGUUCAGGCUUCCAGACCCUCCCAAGCGCCCAGCCAAAGUGCCGCGGCUCAGCCUGGUCCCCCAGGGCCCCCGGGAGCCAGCAGACCAGGAGCAGGACCAGGAGCAGGACCAGGUGCAACUGGCAGAUAUCCAGAUCAAAGACCAGCUCAAGGGGAUCUGGCCCAAGGGGAGCCUGGCUACUCAUCAGCGGCGGCCGUUCCCCGGGAUGACCGAGCAGGGGACACAGGGGGUUACCCCCCAGCUGGAGUCAAGGAAGAUCGGGCAGCACGAAGAUCAGGAGCCUACUCCCAGGCAGCUGCUGCUCCCCAGCCUGCUGCUGUCCCGGCCCGGCAGCAGCAGCCACCCCCGGAUGAGGAUGAAGAAGAGGCAAACAGCUAUGAUUCUGAUGAAGCCACUACCCUGGGAGCUUUGGAGUUCAGUCUUCUUUAUGAUCAAAACAACAGCUCCCUGCAAUGCACCAUUAUCAAGGCCAAGGGAUUAAAGCCGAUGGACUCCAACGGCCUGGCUGAUCCCUAUGUUAAGCUGCACCUUCUGCCUGGCGCCAGCAAGUCCAACAAGUUACGGACAAAAACUCUAAGGAAUACACGAAAUCCCAUCUGGAACGAAACCCUGGUCUAUCAUGGCAUUACUGAUGAGGACAUGCAAAGGAAGACCCUGAGGAUUUCUGUCUGCGAUGAAGACAAAUUUGGCCACAACGAAUUCAUUGGGGAAACCCGAUUCUCCCUGAAGAAACUGAAACCUAAUCAGAAGAAGAAUUUCAACAUCUGCCUGGAACGGGUCAUCCCUAUGAAGCGAGCUGGGACCACAGGAUCAGCCAGAGGCAUGGCACUCUAUGAAGAAGAGCAGGUGGAACGUGUAGGUGACAUUGAGGAACGUGGCAAGAUCCUAGUGUCCCUCAUGUACAGCACCCAACAAGGAGGCCUCAUUGUGGGUAUUGUGCGCUGUGUCCACCUGGCUGCAAUGGAUGCUAAUGGCUACUCUGACCCCUUCGUCAAACUCUGGCUGAAACCAGACAUGGGGAAGAAAGCCAAGCACAAGACGCAGAUCAAAAAAAAGACUUUGAACCCCGAGUUUAAUGAGGAGUUUUUCUAUGAUAUAAAACAUAGUGAUUUGGCCAAGAAGUCACUGGACAUCUCUGUCUGGGAUUAUGACAUUGGCAAGUCCAAUGAUUAUAUUGGUGGCUGCCAGCUUGGUAUCACCGCCAAAGGGGAGCGCUUGAAACACUGGUACGAGUGUCUAAAGAACAAGGACAAGAAGAUUGAACGCUGGCACAACCUACAGAAUGAAAACCAUGUCUCGAGCGACUAAAAUGGGGUCCAUGGGCCCCAUCCUCCCACCUUGCCUAUUCCUUAGCUUCUCCCUUUGUCCCCCAGUUCUACCCCUACUGAAUCCCCAAACUCCUUACUCCAGACUUGCAUCUAGGUCCAUCUGUCUGGCUGAUACAGUCUCUUCUGGCUCCCUCUGCUAUGUGCACUGACUCCAGAAAGCUGCCUUAGCCUUCUUUUCCCUUACCUGAAACCUACCUUUGAGGUCUCUUUCUCCCUUCUUAAAUAUAAGGGGAUAUAUGCUCACUCUUUACCUGUCUCUUUUUUCCCCUUUCCUCUCUCAAUUCUCUUCCAUUUUUCUUCUUCCUCUUUUUCUUUAUUACUGUUUCUCUUUCAAGCUAUCUCCAUCUUUCUUAUUUUGUCUUUUUCCCAUCCUUUUUCCUUUUUUUCCCUUGUUCUUUCUUCUUCUCUCCCUCUUGCUUUAUAUUUUCCUCUAUCUUCUCUCUUCCACUUUUCUGCUUUACCUCUCUUUUUCUCUUUCUUUAACUCAUUUUCUUUCUUUCUCCCUUCCUUCUUGCUCUCUAUAUAUCUUUCCCUAUCUUUUCCUCCCUUUUUCUUUUCACUUUCUCUUUCACUCUGUCCCCUUCUCUUUUUUAUCAUUCUUUCUCUUUCUCUCUUCCCCUAUUUUUCUUUCCCUCUUGUCCCUGCUUUACAAAGUUCCCCAAUAAUCUCAAAGCUAACAAUUUGGGCUAGUGUGCCCUCUGUGGGCUCCACACCCACUGACUAGGAAUCAGUGCUCCAUAAACUUCUAGCCUCCCUGAGCCAGAAUUUAGGAACUUAAUUUGGAUGUUGGGAUGAGGGAAAAAUCUGGGAGGGGAGGGAUGCUGAAGGGGGUUAGCGAGAGUUAUGUCAGUUCCAUUACUACAAAUUUAUUUAUAUGCAAGUCAUAGUGGAUAAGUAGGGGGAAAGCAUCUCCACUGUAGAGAACUAUACCCAGAUGAUGUCUUCUUGUGAUGUACAUAGUCACACACUGAACUUUAUGUUAUAGUGUUUAGAAUGUGAUAAAUCUUGGUGUGUCCAUUCACCAAGCAACAUGCAAAAAAUUGACAUGAGAGUUUAGGUACAACUACACACACACACACACACACACACACACACACACACACACACACAUGUCUAGCUGAUUUAGGUGUUUAAAAACUAGAUGUGAAUUAUCUUGAUCUCGUUGAAACUCACAUACGCGGUAAAAGUCCUGUUUCCUUCUUUUGGAGGCAGACUUUCAAAAAAGAGGCCAGACCUUAGUAAUUUUCCUCAAGAGGCCUCCUCUGUCUUUGUUUCUCUGUGUCUCUUCCCUCACUCCACCUCUUCCCUUCUCCUUCUCCAGGGGGGAUAAAGUCAGAGAUGCUCUCCUUAAAAGGUAUCGUGGGUCUUACUUUACCCUAUAUCUCUGUCUUUGCCUCUCUGUGUGUCUCCUUCCUCAUUCCACCUCUUCCCUUCUCCCUCUCCAGGGGGAAUAAAGUCAGAGAUGCUCUCCUUAAAAGGUAUCGUGAGUCUCACUUUACCCCAUACCUCUGUCUUUGCCAGAUCAACACAAACAGGACCACAAACAGGAAUUCACUCUAAGAAAUUCUGGGAAAUGCUGGUGAUCUUACAUGGAGUCCUGUUGCACAUGUCAAGCAAACAACAUUUUCUUCCUAGUUUCAGGGCAGGGUCUCUUCUGGAUCCUCAAAUCUCUGCUCCCCCUUUUUAUUAAGUCAAAAGGAGCAGUUGAAACUUGAGCAGAAGUCAGCUUUCUCUGAAUCUGUGCUCACUGCUGGGGAUGGGAGAGAGACUGGUACAGGACCUACGGCCUGGAGGAUUCUCAGGCUACCAGUCCAUUGGGUACACUCCCCACUGCCUCUUCUUCCACACAGUCAAUCCAAGUCUCUUUUGAUGUUGUUUGUCUGCCAUUCUUGAAGAUUCCUGGGACAUCAAGGAAGUGAUAUCAUGACAUGCAACUGAAUUGGAUUGGAGGGAAGGAGGGAGGGUUCUGCCGAACUACCAGCUUCACUUUCUCAUCCAGAACCAUCUGGGUCUCAUGGCCAGUUAUAGAUCAGGAUGACUGGAGAUGACCCUGGAUGUGAUGGGAGACCUUGGCUUUUUGAAGUCUCGGUUUGACUGAGGCAAUUACCCAUUCAGUGAUUAAGGCUAGGUAAGAAAAGAGGCAAAGAAUGGCCUUUAAAAAAAACAAAUUAAGAAAAUCAGUCUGGGAGAGGAGGAUCCUCAGGAAUUCUGGCCAAAGCAGAAAUUAUUUACACAUACUCUGAGCCAAUCAGGGCCCAAACAAUGACCAAGUGGGGCUUGGCUUGGUACCUACUGUUGGCCAAUCAGUGAAAGUCUGAAUAAUGUGGGUUUAGGGUGUGGUCCUAGCUGUAAACCCCAAGACAUUUUGUAAAGUUUCAGUGAUCAAAAUGUACAUUUUUUUCUGGGGAGAACACCUGAAGAAAGGCAAAAAAAAAAAAAAAAGUCUCUGUAACCAGGAGACAAAUGAAUGACCUUAUCUAUUCUGUCAUCUUGUUUACUAAGGCUGCUGGAAGGAACACACACAACCCUCAAAGAGGGAAGGCUUUGGUAUCAGAGGAUGCACAAAUGCCUUCAUCUGUUGUUAUUAUUACUGGCAUUGUACUUUUUGCCUCCUCUCCCACCUCUCUGCGCUUUAGAGUAUUGAUGGCAGAAACACAGCCCUGGAGUUUAGGAGAGGAUAUGAUUUGAUGGCUGGGUUCGGGGAAGAGGAGAUAGUAGGGUAGGUUUCUCCUAUCAAGGGGUGUGUCUUCCAAUCCUGUGGUCAUCCCUUUAUGCUUCUUUCCACCUCUCCUCCCACCUGGAGACUCUAGAAAGAUUAAUCUAACUCAUGCUUUUUAAAACCAUCCCCUUCACUCCCUAGGAUCAGCGUCUUUCAGGAAAAUCAUUUCUUGUCAGAGACCCACUGGCAACCAUCGCCAUUCCUUUGUGUAGGUAUGGGGUAGGCUGCAAUUCAGCAAGCUGGCUGGUAGAUGGCUAUCACUGUUGCACUUCUUCCAGGCACGCUCCUCCUAUACAACGCCGUGACCGGCCGUUCCUACUCCCUGGUUCUCCUCUAGAAGAAAGCAUGUCUUACCUGGGGGUGGCAGCAGUGCAUACACUCCCAUCUGAGCUGGCAUUGGCCUUCUAGUUAGCAUGUGGUGAUCUCCCAGCACACCUGCUGGGUGGCAAGCUCUUUCCAGCAGAUGUACUCCCCUGGCGUAGAGUCCUAGCGUCUUCCAUUGCAUGCAGACUUGGCCAUAUCCUCUAUUUGUGAUAAUGUAUCUAAAAUAAAGUAGGAUUCUCCGGGAAA